AAAAAGCAAAAAACAUACAACAGCCGGUGUUCGCUGAUGGUCACCCACUCAACUACUAAUCUGCCGGUUAGUGGCUUGUCUAUGGGGGAGCAGACGGGACCCCGAAUUUUCCACUACCUAUGGUCGUAUGUGCUAGACUGUAGGGAUACUUUGAUCUAUAUGCACACGUUGAAUGAAGAAAGUGAAAAAUGCAAAAACAUCAACAGCUGA